AUUCAACAAACUUUACCAUGUUGUACAGCACACUAUAUACGUGCAUUUUGAGAAACUAAUUAACAAUACCAAUUUGUUUGGAGUGUAAAGAACAUGCGGUGAUCAAGCUAGAUAAAUGCAAAUGCAUCAUCUCCCUACAACCACUACUACAGGGACAGCCCCUUCUCAUCUCAAUGCUUACACUCGCAUCACGCAGCGCUCCAACCACACAAAGGGAACUCAUUAUAAACAAUACAGACCUUGGUAGUACAAGGUACACUCUUGUGUUAUAUACUGUAAAUGUGUAUGUGUGUACAAUAGUCAUGACAUGUGUACUGUACAACAGCAACACACCUUCUGCAUUUGCAUUUGAUGUUCAUACAUUUGUAGUGGAAUAGAUAUUGGCACAUAAUUCAACAUGUUGUUUUUGGAGAGUUUGGCGAAUGUGGAAGACUGUAUGAGCUGGAGUGGAAUGCCAGCUCUAACCAGUGAUAUGGCGACAAGUGGUAGUGCUCUUUCACCCCAUGCUAAAUCAGGCGCUCCUUAUUACUAUGGCCCUCAUCACAGACGCAGACCACAUGUGCCUGAACAUCCCAGUUAUGGAGGACCACAUAAAAGAAGGAAAGGGCCUUCGAGUGGGCUAACGGUUUAUCCACCCAAUGGUCAAGAUGAGUAUCAUCAUUCAGCAGAUCCAUCUAGUUACCCCUCCCCUAAGCCCCCGGGCAUAUGUCCUAGUGAUUACUUCAUUGAUGCAACGGCAGGCACCCACAGUCCUCAUAGUACAGAUCCUUGGAGCAGUAAUGGGCUGGCCCCAUCCAGUGCUAGCUUCCAUUCCUCUUCCAUCUUAGGCAAUUCUGGAUCCUCGUAUUCUCAGUCUCAAACUACCUACCCACCACAUGAGCCCAUGGGCUAUGGUCAGAGUCAAGGAAGCAGUCAUGUCCAUGGUCACACUAUGUCUCCAAAUCGUGAUCCCUUGAGUCUUCCAUCAAUGACAUCCUUCAAACCUGGAACAACUUCAUCAUCCACACAUCUACAUUCACCCUAUUCAUCGUCAUCACCCAGCAAUGGAACAGAGACAAUAUUAAGUGUAAGAGGAGGCUCAACUGCAGGAAGUACAGCAGCAGGCAAUUCUCAAACAGGAGACACACUUGGCAAGGCAUUGGCAUCGAUCUACUCAGCAGACCAUACAAAUAGCAGUUUUCCAUCCAACCCAUCAACGCCUGUUGGCUCUCCUCCUCCUAUGUCAGGGCCAUGGCCAAGAUCAAGCACUCAGGCAUCACCAGGGCCUUAUGUGGAGAGCCAUCUACACUCACUGCAAAGUCGCAUGGAAGAGAGACUCGAUGAUGCAAUAAAUGUUCUGCAAAGGCAUGCUGAAGGAGCCCUACAAGCCAUGCCUAAUCAUCCAGCAGGAGGCAUUGGUCCACCUCCAGCCCAUACAGGUUCCUCUGGUAUGAAUGUAGGACCAGCAUUUGGUACAUCAGGACAAUAUAUAGAUUCACAUAUGUCAGGGUCACCAUCUGUAGAGAGGAAUGCAGUGGCAGGACCUGUGCCUGCAUCUGACUUGAGUCAAACACAGCAGCCAUUCAAUGCUGUUCAAGGUGAGCUGCUGAGCCAGAGUAUGGACACAGAUCGCAAGCCAACACCUAAACCUAAGAAAUCCAAGACAAGUCCAUCUCAUGACAAGCUUAAAUUGAACAACUCUAAAGAUACUCACAACAAGUUGCCUGAGUCUGAGGAUCCAUCAACUACUCAAAACACAAGGAAGGAACUUCCAGUGGCAGCCAAGAGUAAAAAGCAGUAUGAUGAUUAUACAUCUGUUAACGGUGAUGACAGUGAAGAAGACGCUUCCUUGACACCAGAGCAGAAACAUGUAAAGGAGAAGGAGCGUCGACAUGCUAACAAUGCAAGAGAACGCAUUAGAGUACGUGAUAUCAACGAGGCUUUUAAGGAGCUGGGUCGUAUGACCUGUAUACAUCUCAAGAGUGACAAGGCUCAGACUAAACUCUCCAUUUUACACCAAGCAGUCUCUGUAAUUACAAGUUUGGAACAACAAGUCAGAGAGCGUAAUCUGAAUCCCAAAGCAGCGUGCCUUAAGAGACGAGAAGAAGAGAAGGUUGAAGAGAGGAACAUGGCUGGUGGGGGUGGGCCACCAAGUACAGACUCCAUGAACUCACCCCCUGGUAUGGGAUCUAGCUGGAGCCCAAGUUAUAUGUCACAAUCUCCUGGCUCAGCAUGCAACCUUCGACAACCUGCUAGCUUAUGAGAUCCAUAACAUCAAUUUCAGAUAAUCACCUCAAACAACCUCGUCAGAGAUAUCAUCAAACAACAUGAUAAAGACCACAAUGAUUGCCAUGGAAACAACAGUAUCUUCUACACAUUUGGAUGUUUGAGAUUGUACAGCAGCAAAUAGAAGGUCUAGCCUUUAUACAGUUUACUUUCAAACAUUAAUGUCAAUGAUUCAAAACACACUUGUGCUUCACUAAAGCUAAUUGAUAUGUUGUUUUUGUCUUUUGAAAACCAUAUUCUGUCUUGAAGUUUGAAGACUAAUAUUAGAUACAGAGAAUGAUUAAAGGUAUAAUGUUUACCUUGAGUAAGACUUAAAAAGUAGGAUGUUGAUGGGCUUAUUGCAAUCAACUAAACCUGAACCAUGACUGACGUAAAAUGCUGCAGCAAUAUAUUUUUUUCAGCCAUGUAGCCAAUACAUGGCCUUAGUAUGUCAAAUCACUGGACAGACCUUGCCAAACUGUAUUCAUCACCCACUGUUCCUUACUUUCCGUCUCAUUUUGUUUGGAAAUCUCUUGACAUCCUUGUUUGGGAUGUGAGAAAAUACUCAUUGACCUCAAGGUUGUUCAUACUUAAAGAAGAGAACAUUGCCAAAAGUAUUUGAGAUUAGGUAACACACCUGUAAGUGUUGAAAACCACAAGUUGUCAAAUGUUAUUUUGAUAACUUUACUGUAAAUGACAAUGUCCAACUAAAUGUGAAUGGUAGAUGAUGGUUACGAGCUACCCUCAUUUAACUCCAAUUUGUGUUUCUUGGUAACUUACUUUGCUGUUAAAUGCUACAUUACAUGUUUGUAGAGUAACUAAAGACUUAUCUCAUUACCUUCUGGAGAUUACAUUGUCUCUCACCUAACAAUUGGUA